AUGGCGUCCGAAGUUAGUGGAUUUCGCACAAUCUGCGUAAAAUUUAACGAGAAAUGUAGCUCUUACCACUUUUUGUUUUGUAAAAGACAUUCCACACGAGAUGAAGAUGCAAAAAAGCCACCAGAUAAGACGCUUUUUGUCGUAAAUAUCCCACCAUAUUGCACAAAAGUAAGUGCCUUUGGAACACGUUCGUACACUCCAAUUGUGUCUAAUCUCACUACUUGCUAUAAUUUUAUUGUAAUUCUAUCUUGUGGUACUCUUACUAUGAUUUUGCCUUCAAUAAAUUUUCUUAGGGAGCCUUAAAGCGCUUAUUUAGCUGUUGUGGUGCAAUAAAAGAUGUUUAUCUUGUGAAGCAACCAGGGUCAGAAGAAAAGGAGACAGCACGUUUAGUCAUUCCCUCUCAAAAAGUCAAGGUAGAUUUACAAAGUUUCCCAUGUGCUUACUUUUAAGAAAUUCUCGUCUAUCAAAAUUGUGCAUCUCCCAUACACAACAACAGUAACUUUUCAUGCACCCUGUGAGAGCGCAGAGCCUUCUUUUGUCUUCUUGAUCGAGGUGGGAAAAGGAUGCUCUGCUUAUAAACCUUAUAAACAGCAUUAAGUUAACACUUAAGUUUCACUUAAGUUUUUUGAAGCCGCAGCAGCGCAAACUUUUGUACUAGUUGAUAUUGUUUACUUUUCAAAUGGAGAAUGAUCUUCACAGUUGUGAAUGCAAUUAAUGCAAUUGUUUAUUAAGAAGCCUGAAAAAAGAUUCAGGACUUCAACGGGAUUUGAACCCGUGACUUUGCAAUACUGGUGCCGUGCUCUAACCAACUGAGCUAUGAAGUCACUGAUGUUGGGAGCUGGUUAAUUAUGUGUUUGUUUAGAGAAUCACACCAGUAUGGCGAGGUCACGGGUUCAAAUCCCGUUGAAGUCCUUUUUUUUUUUUUUUUACAGGCUUCUUACUCAAUAGCCCUUAUGCAUGUUUACGUCACACAAGCAAAUUUCACCACCAAGCCUCGUUUUGAAAUUAAAAAUAAGCGAAGUUUCACAGAAAUGAAUUUCCAAGGCAGUAGAAUUGAAAAGAAUACCCAUGCACAAAACGUGCAAAUGCAAAAAAUUUUGUUCACAAACGAGGCUUGUUGGUGAAAUUUACUCGUCUGACGUAAUCAUGCAUAGGGGCUAUUGCAUAAACACGUUCACAACUGAGGGGAUCUUUCUUCAUUUGAUUUCAUUUCCACAGUUCUUACAUGAUUUAUUUCAUAUACAUCUAUCACAUUGUUUACUUUUGUCAAAUGUUUUUGGAGUGCAAGCAUCCAUUUAUUGAUAUAAAACCAAUGGUCAUAUUUGAGGCCGUUGUACCAGUUGCACAGCUAUCAGGCCUGGAUUCAAAAUUGUAUCCAUGCACUUGACAGCAUGCAUGUAUUUACAAGCUCUGCUUGAUCAAUGCUUACUGAAAACUGGAUUUACUCAGUAAUUGACAUUGGGAAUAUUUAUUUCAUUUCCUCUUUGUAGGGAUUCAAAGUUGGUUACAUUGUAUUCAAAAAAUCAUCUUCUAUAAAUACAGCACUAGCUCUGGACAGCUCUACAGUAAGAGUUUUAUCAACAACAGACCAACCUGUAAUUACAGGAAUGAAAAGUAAGUUUUUAACAAGUAUUAAAGUGUGUUAUUUAUUGUCUUAUAUAAUUUAUUUUUGUUCUCCUUUACAGAUUAUCUGAACGACAAUAUAGCCAGCUUAAAUGUUUUCAAAAAGGCACCGAGUUUGGAAACUUUCAAGUUUGGGCUGAAAAAUGUUCUAAUGCUCUCUUAUGUAGGGAGGGGGUGGGGGUUGGUUGAUCUUCUAUUCAAUAGUUUUGUACUUUGUAAUAUUUAUUGUUGUUACAUUUUUACAUUAGCUUAUGGAUCUGUAUUGUUUGGAGUCUUUACUCUUUUACAGAUUAUCCUUUUUAUAUGGCUUUUUUAUCAAUAUUUAAUUUGUAAUUUAAACCAUUAAAUUAUGAAUAAAUACAUACAUAAAUAAAUAAACAUCAUUUUAUUCAGAUGAGCAAUACAGCUGUAAUAUAGCACACUUUUGCAUGAAUAUUUAAUUGACUAUAUGAUAAAGUAUUUGGCAAAUUAUAAUGAAGGUGUGUGUCUGCUUUUCAGAGUGGAUUCAAGAGUACUACCAGCAAUACCCAGAUUCCACAAAUUUACAAGCUGAAAUUGAUGAAUUUAUGGCAAAGUUUGAUGGGAACAAAGAACAGGUUUGUAUAAUGCCAGGUGUACUGCUGACCAGUGAUCAGAGUUUUUUGAAAAAAAAAAAGGCCAUAACCUCAAAAUGUUUUAAUUUUUUUAAUUGAAAGUACACAUUACUGUGAGAACCUCUGUUUAAAAAAAAAUUGUGAUUUGAAUGCAACAUGAUUUUUUUUAGAAUUUUUUAAAAUUAAAAUUUUUAUUUAGAAACAAUAUAUUAGGUUCUUUUGCUGUGUAAGAAAGACUACCUAGGCAAACACAAGUUGGUGAUUGCAAAAUUAGAGUUGAUGAGAUGUACAAAUUUUAAUGUCUCCUUUUAAAUGUUGCAUGUACCAAGCAUUGAAACUUAGUUUUACGUACGGAUAGUUAAUGUUGUGUGUUGUCUCAGAUGGACAAAGAAGCUGCAGAGGCACAAAACCAACCAGAUGAUGAAGGAUGGGUGACUGUUGGAAGAAGUGGAAGGAACCCAGCAGCACCCAGAUUAGAUCCUGCUGAGUUAGAAGAAAAGCGGAAAAAGAAAAAGAAGGUACUUUGUCAUGUUUAAAUCCUUAGAGUGAUCAAUGGCUAAUUUCUGCUCAAAUGCCACUGCUUAUAACCACACAAAGAGUGCUUGAGAAUAAGAAAUAUGAUCACUAUUGUAAUAAUAAAUAAACACACUUUUUUAUUGAUAUAUAGCCCCUGGUAGCUUACAUUUUACUGUUAGUCAUAAUUUAUUUGUUCAAGAAUAUACACAAGGUGUGAUCAGGUAGAUGUGGGUGUAAAUGUGAUCUUUGGUUUCUUUUGUUUUGUUUUUCUUUUUUUUUGCAGCGUGCUUUGUUAAAUUUCUAUCAAUUUCAACAACGAGAAUCAAGGAGAGAACGUGAGUAUCAGUAUUUGAUUAUGUAGAAAUUGGUACCGUACUCAUGUGAGAUAUGUCCAGGAUCGAUCUUGUUAGCAAAAAUUUGCUAGCAAAUUUUUUUCACAAUUGUCGCAAAAGAAAUAAUUGAGAAAAAAUUAUGCCAGAAAAUCACUUACAAAUAUCGCAAAAAUCGCAAAAAUAACAAAUGUAACAAAAUUCCAGACUUAGAAAGCAAAGAAGCCAAGAACGACCCCGAAAUUCCCCAAAUAUCGCAAAAAUCGCAGAAGUAACAAGGAUUUUUCUCGCUAGCUAAAAACACUGUAGCUAGCUUCUGCAAGAUCACGCCCACCUAUUGUUUUCCGUCAUAUAAUUGCUAACCUACAUAGCAAGCAUUUCCGUGCGGUUUCGGAGCAAAGAACAAGGAACGAGGGUCAAAUACCGCAAGAAAAAUGGCACGAGUAAAAGAGUGGGGAGGGGUGGGGAAGAAUUUGCUAACCUAUAAUAAAGAUUUAUAUUUGAACGUCGUACAUGUAAAUUAAACCAAAUCUUGCAGUAACGUCAAGAUUAUAUUUAACAGUAAAGGAGUAACACCCAUUAGACCUACUAUUUGAAGUCAUUUAGCACCCAUUGACAAAAGUGUUGGUGAAAAAUAUUGAAACAUCUAGCCACUUGUGAAUCUUCGCAUGAUCCAACAAACGUUGUUGGCCAACAAUAGUAGGAUCUUGAUCCGCACAAUAAACGUUGCCAUACAUUCAACAAACGUUGGCUCGCAAUGUUUGAAAGAUUCUCACACAUACAAAGUUGCCACUCAUUUUGUGCUACUAGGAAGAUUAAGAUUUACCUCUAUGCCAAACGGCAAACGUCAGAUUCAAGUUGAGAAUUUCUCAGAAUAGAAAAUAAGCAGAUAAAAACUGUCCAGAACAAUUCUUAUGUAUAAAACUGACAUGAAACUACUUGUUUUUUAGUUGAAGUAAUAAACAGUUAACGACAAUAUUAUUAAUUUAAGGGAAAAACUUGGUCACGUGGUACAAAUUCACGUUUGCGAUUUAGCGUAAAUGUGAAUCUUAAUCUCUCCACUGUAACGUUUAACCGUCCGAGAAGAAAGAAAUUUUGGCCAGCAGCGUCAAAACGUUUUCGGCCACAUGCAACUUUACCAUCCAAACCAUUUCGUUUUCCCACACGUCCAACAUUGUUAUUUAACAAAGGCUGACCAACAACUCUGGAACGUCUUUACUCAAGUUUAGUGUGACGAUUAGACACCUCGCCAAUAAUAUUCAGAUUACUGGAACGUUUACCCACACAUUCAGCCUCAUUAUCCAUAAAGUAUUGGCCGGGCCAACUGUCUUGGGUCAUUUAGUUGCAUGUUUAUCAGUGCCAUCCAAUGAAUGGUGGCCAACAAUGUUGGAAUGCAUGCUAUUAAACUUAUCAGCCUUGAACAAGUGCUCACCCAGGGCUUCAAGCGCUUACAAGUUGUUAUCAAUUCAGGUGAUGGUUGAAUCUAAUGCGCUUUUUGAUUUCGCUGUGCUCUUAGCCUGUGCCACAGACGCAACUAUACUUCUGGUUACUAAAUGGGGUUACAUUACAUCUGUAACGCAAGCUACGGCGACCUUAGUGAAUCUUACAUCAAUAUUGCUGUUUUUAUUCCCCGUAACUUGUUUGUUUCAUCUUUAUUUUGGUAGAUAUUGCUAAUUUACGAAAGAAGUUUGAUGAAGACAAGAAGAGAAUCGCCGAAAUGAAGUCAGCGAGGAAAUUUAGACCAUACUGA